AUUUUUCUAAGAGAUUCAAGAAAACUCAAAGAGAACUCAGCUAGAAUUCAUCCGAGUAAGAAGGGAAGCAUGAUAAUUACAUGUGUUCAUUAAACUAACCAUAAUAAAAUAAAACUCCACCGUAGAAACAAAUCGAUUACUAUAUAUAUAUAGAGAGAGAGAGAUUUGUGAUCGCACACGAAUCAUCGCACCUCUAUAGUCAGAGCCGUAUAAAAAUAGAUGAGGAUACAUCGUGCUAUAUUGGUCGUGACGUUCUUUGUCAUGAUGAAGACCGCAGUUUCCCAGGACAAUGACCCGAUGGCUCACUGCAGGGACGUGUUCGUGAGUUUCAUGCCGUGCAUGGGUUUCGUCGAGGGAAUAUUCCAACAACCUUCGCCAGAUUGCUGCAGAGGCGUGACCCACUUGAACAACAUCGUCAAGUUCACGUCUCCAGGAUCGAGGAAUAGGCAGGACACUGGAGAAACAGAGAGAGUGUGUCUGUGCAUUGAGAUAAUGGGAAAUGCAAAUCAUCUUCCUUUUCUUCCCGCUGCCAUUAAUAACCUUCCUCGCCGUUGUUCUCUUACUCUCAGCUUUCCCAUCUCCGUUGCUAUGGACUGUUCUCAGCUCAGAAACACCAAGAAUCCCGACGUUGAAAAAUUAAAUUAACUACCAGGGUAUAUAUAUGUAUGAAUGUUGGGAUGGGAAGUCUUGUAACAGCUAUAUAUAUAGUUAAAAAAAGAAAUGAUAUGUAGUCGAGUUUACUGUAAAUGUAAUAGUGACUAGUGAUACAAAAGUACCUGGAGUUUUAUGUAAGCGAUUAUAUGGCUUGAUUGGGUUCUAUUAUA